UACAAAGUUUCAGUUGUUUGUUUGCAAAGAAUCUCUCUAUUACAUGUUGUUGUUGGCAGAUUUAGCUUCGAAGCUCGAUCGAUUUUUCAAUCGAAAUAGAUCUAUCUUGUUCCCAAAAUUAACAAAAUUCUACUACUCUCGUCGAUCUUCCAUGAAAAUCACCUGAAUUUCUCUACAUCACCUCUUUCUCUCUCUAAAUCGGAACCGCAUCGGAGAAGAAAUGCAUAGCCGGGCAUCGAAUAAUCAGCUCUCUGGUUCGGGUUUUCGAUCUCGAAUUUUCGCUCUAUUGUUCUCUAUGUUCGCAACCAUGGCUUCCUUUUAUGUCGCCGGCCGGCUAUGGCAGGAUGCAGAGAACAGGGUUUAUUUAAUUAAAGAACUCGAUAAGAGAACUGGUCAGGGGCAAUCUGCCAUAUCUGUUGAUGACACACUGAAAAUCAUUACUUGCAGGGAACAACAGAAGAAGUUAUCGUCCCUUGAGAUGGAGCUGGCUAAAGCUAGACAGGAAGGUUUCGUGUCAAAGUAUUUAUUAGGAGAUAGUGGGACUCAUACAAAGAAAAAGCUUCUAGCUGUUGUAGGAAUUAUUACAAAUUUCGGCCGAAAGAACAACAGAGAUGCGAUCCGUAAGGCAUGGAUGCCUACUGGUGCAGCUCUUAAAAAACUGGAGCAUGAAAAGGGCAUAAUUGUACGAUUUGUCAUAGGAAAAAGUGCAAAUAGUGGCGACAAUUUGGACAGGGACAUCGACAGUGAAAAUCAGCGGACUAAUGACUUCAUUAUACUUAAUGAUCAUGUGGAGUCCCCUGAGGAGCAACCAAAAAAGUCAAAGUUGUUCUUUGCUCAUGCUGUGGAGCACUGGGAUGCUGAGUUUUAUGCUAAGGUCAAUGAUGAUGUUUAUGUCACUAUUGAUGCCUUGGGAGCGAUGCUUACUUCACAUCUGGAUAAGCCUCGUCUUUAUAUUGGGUGUAUGAAAUCAGGCGAAGUUUUCUCUGAGCCGACUCAGAAAUGGUAUGAACCAGACUGGUGGAAAUUCGGUGAUGGAAAAUCAUACUUCCGACAUGCUUCUGGUGAAAUAUAUGCCAUAUCAAGAGCGCUAGCUCAAUUUGUUUCAAUGAACAGAUUAAUGCUUCGAACAUAUGCCCAUGAUGAUGUCAGUGCUGGAUCAUGGUUUGUUGGGCUUGAUGUGAAAUAUGUCAAUGAAGGGAAAUUUUGCUGCAAUUCGUGGUCGCCAGGGGCUAUAUGUGCAGCUGCAUGAUUUGGCUCAUCUCAAUAAUAAAUGUCAAGAUAACAGGUAUGUAUAUAGCUGUAGAAGCCAUUCUUUACCUGCACCAUCUGAGACGCUAGUUUGAUGUAAACUCGGGAAGAGUUCAGCGGUGUUUCUUCUGAAAAUUGAUACUGGCUGCCUCAGAAAGUUUUGAUGAUUGAAGAGGUUUGUGCUGUAGAUGCUUACAAACUAGUCAGAAUUUAACCAAACGCUCUGGUUGCAGGCAACAUUUUAUAAGUCAUUCACAUAGAUUUUGAAAGAUCGCUUGGGGAGUUUCCCUCCAUUUUAUGAUGUAUUCUGAUCAGCAAUAUAAUCCAUUUUCCCUUGUCAUGCCAUUGAUAUUUUUUCUUCUAUUGUGAAAUCAAUGAAUUGUGAUUCUUUUGGUUCAUGGAAAUACAGAAGAUCUGAUUCAAGCUUGAAGGUUA